UAGAACCAAAGUUUACCAGAGACAAGUCGGACGAAACUUUGUCAGUGACAGGAGGUGAUUCCCUUCUCUUUCUUUUCAAAACUUGACUGAAGACGAAAAUAUGGCCACCUCCAAGAAGAAGACCAGGAAGCUACGAGGACACGUGAGCCAUGGCCACGGUCGUAUCGGAAAGCACCGCAAGCAUCCUGGAGGUCGCGGUAACGCUGGUGGUGAGCACCACCACAGAAUCAACAUGGACAAGUACCAUCCCGGAUACUUUGGCAAACUUGGUAUGAGGAAUUACCACGAAAGGAAAAACAAGCUGUUCAACCCAGUAUUGAACUUGGACAAGCUAUGGACCCUGGUGUCUGAGCAGGCCCGUCUCAAGUAUGCCACAGCCACUGACGGCAAAGUACCCGUCAUCAACAUUGUCAAGGCUGGUUACUACAAAUUACUUGGCAAAGGCAAGCUUCCCAAGCAGCCCGUCAUAGUUAAGGCUAAGUUCUUCUCCAAAACAGCUGAGAAAAAGAUCAAGGCUGUAGGAGGUGCCUGCGUUUUGUCUGCGUAAUUUAAGUACACAUUAAAAAUCUAAAAUCCA